AUGUCGGAAAGCAACCGACUAACGGAUGACGGCGACGAGGAAGGCAUGCAUCCUCCUUUUAGAGAGGACGAUCUCUCCGAAGAAUAUCUUUUGGAACAACAGUCUUCCCAAAAUAUCAUCAUUCAACCGAUGUACCUCUCGGACACGGAAGAUACUCCUUCCCCCCUCCCACAGACCCCUUACCCUCAAGUUCCCUUUGUGUUUGGCAAUUCCCCACCAUCACCAGCCCCUCAAGAAGUUAACGAGCUGCCUAAACCGCCCCCUCGCCGUCGGGUUUACCAACCUGAAUCGACGGGGCCCUGGGGGCAUCCUGAACCCACACUGUUGAAAGCCGGAAUGCCGUGGGAAUGGUCCCAUGAAUGUCAACAAGCGUUUAACCGGUUCCGGGAAAUUCUUCAAUCCCCGCUGGCACUCAUGCACUACAAUCCAGACCUGGAAAUAAUCGUGUCGGCGAAUGCAUCGCAUUACGGUAUAGGAGCCCGAAUCGCACACAAAUUGCCUGAUGGUCAUGUCAAGGCAAUUUGUCACGCUUGUCGCAGUCUCACCCCAGCAGAAUCCAACUAUAGCCAAAUCGAAAAAGAAGGCCUUGCCUUAGUUUUCGCCGUUACCCGUUUCCACCGGAUGAUCUUCGCAAGACGGUUCACCUUGGAAACCGACCACAAACCACUUCUGUCCAUCUUCAAACAAAGGCAUUCCUACGUACACGGCGAAUCGGCUAUAACGGUGGGCACUAACCUUACUCUUGUAGUGCAGCGAGAAACACGAUGCGACGAAAUUUUGCAGGAGGUUUACAAGUUUGUGCAGCAAGGAUGGCCAUCGAAUACAUCUGACAUUUGCUCCAAAUUACAACCAUUUGUACAACGUCGAGUAAGUCUUUCCAACGUUGGGCAAUGUCUUAUGUACGGAGAGCGUCUAGUGAUUCCAACCAAGCUGCAACCUAAAGUACUUCAACUGCUACACAAGGGGCACCCUGGUAUCGAGCGAAUGAGGUCAGUCGCCAGAAACUAUGUUUAUUGGCCAGGGAUCGACGAUCAAAUAGCACAACGAGUCAAGGCUUGCAUCGAGUGCUCUAAAGCAGCAAAAACCAACAUCAAAACGAAUCUGCAAAGUUGGCCAGCAGCUGAGCGACCGUGGCAGCGCAUUCAUGCUGACUUUGCUGGCCCCGUCGAUGGAUUUUUUUUCUUAAUCGUGGUAGAUUCGUACAGCAAGUGGCCCGAGGUUAUCUCGGCGAAACGAAUCUCUACCGCUGCGACACUCAACAUGUUUCGAGAAAUCUUCGCCCGGCAUGGUAUGCCGGAAACACUAGUGACCGACAACGGAACCCAGUUUACUAGUGAAUGCUUUGAACGCUACUGUGAGUCCAAUGGCAUUUUGCACCUGCGUACUCCACCAUACCACCCACAGUCGAAUGGGCUCGCCGAACGGUUCGUCGAUACAUUCAAGCGAGGAAUGAAGAAAAUAACAACGGGGGGAGAGGCCCUUCGUGAAGCUAUCGACACCUUCCUCCUGUGUUACCGCUCUACCCCGUGUCGAAGCGCGCCUUCUGGUAAAUCGCCUGCAGAGCUGUUGGUAGGCAGGAAGCUGCGUACCGCACUGGACUUGUUAAAAUCUUCUGCACCACCAACACAGUCCAACCAUUCUGCACAGGAGGCUCAAUUUAAUCGGAAGCAUGGUACGAAGUCGAUCAACUACGAUGCCGGGCACUUGGUUUGGGCAAAACAACAUCGAAACAAUGCCUGGACCUGGGAAGCUGGCCGAGUCAUCGAGCGUGUUGGCCAUGUCUUAUACAACGUCUGGCUGACGAAUGGCCAGAAUCUAGUGCGCUCACACUGCAACCAACUUCGUAAGCGAAACUCUCCAGACCAGCCCGACCAGCAACAAUCUUCGGAUUCAGUUCGCCUACCACUUGACAUUCUGUUGGGUUCCUGCGGAAUGAAUCGAGCUGAAACCGAAUCCACAACACCUGCGCCGGAAAAAGGUUUAUUUCCGAGAAUCAACUAG